AGGCGGAGUCCGGGAUCAUGGGCCUGUCGGGACAUGUCAAAGGGACAGCGGCUAUGCGACUAGAGGAACCGUCAGCCGAAACGGGUCUCCACAAACUGGAGUAUUGCCUGCUCGACUACAGUAGCCGGCAUCGUCUAGACUCUAUUAACCGCAUUUGCCUCGAGGGCAGGGAUGUACUUAUCCCUGAUUGUGGAGCUCUGCCUCUUCGAGUAGUCUCAGCUGCCUUAUGGAGCAGCGUGAGAAAUGACUGCACUGAGCAUUACGACAGAGUCCUGGAUUUUGUGAACACCAUCUGGGAACAGGCUGCAGGCCUGGUCAUGUACCGACAUUACCUCAAACUUUGCAUGGCGUUCAAAGCCAAGCUGUUGAUGGAGAUGUUUGUGAAACGACGGAAUUUGUUGGACAUUCUUUGGACUCUUGAGCAAUAUUUCCCCAAAACAGUUGCAGCGGACCCCCAGGCAACCCAGAGAGAUGUUUGGAAGGAGCGACAGUGCCGGCUGCAAUUCCGUAACCUGGUUCUACGUUUGAUUCGGGAUGACGUUUACCGGGAACAGUUCCUGCAGGAUGAACUGGAGGAGGAAUUUGGCAGCUCGUUCAUGGCUUCGACUCGGAGACUGCUGUGGGAGUUCCUGGAGAGGCUGGAGAGCAUCCUACCUGAACCAAGGAUUGAUCAACUGCUGGCUGCUGGUGUCAAUGUUGGAAGCCUGUCAUUAACAGAGCAGAGCCUUCUGAGUGUCCUGGCCAGUACCCCCAUGCCUGUCUCUGAUGUGCUGCUAAUGCUAAUGCAGCGACUCCGGGAGCAACAGAGCGAGGAUCUAACCAAUGUCAACUGGAGUAACAGUGAGACACUGUUUGGAGUUCCUAUGACCAGCUCCUCAACACACACUGUCCUGAGUGAGGGCUAUUGCAUUGAAGCAGAACAAAUAACUGUGGAACCCCAGGUGAAAGGUGAAGGGAAUAAUUCUCAGCCACCCAGUAGAAAUAUGAAACAUCAGGAAGAGCGUAAACAGAAGGUUGCAGAGCAAUGGCUGGAAAUUUCACACCCUGAAAUGGCAGAUGAAGUUGAGGAAACUGUGAACCGGACAGAGAUAGGAGGGGAAUACACAGGAAUUGGCAUGAGGUUGUAUAGCCUGAGAAAUGGACAAGGAGCUGCUAUGGAGAGGAAGGACAACAGGGAGCACCCCUCCCCUUUGGCUCAAAGCCAAAGGGUCGCCUUCUCUGCAUUCCAUUUUGAUCAGUCGUGUGAUGAAGAGUUUGAAGAUUGUAUGAGGAAGUUGUCCCCUCCCAACCCACUCCAAUCUCAGGUUAACAGCACCAGCCCAGUCCCAGUGUGCCCCUCAAUCCAGACCCAGGCAAAUGAAUCUCAGCCUCAACCAAUCAGUCCCAGAAGACUGGGGUUAAAUGCUGAUCUUUGCGCUGGUGAAUCCGAUUCCAGCACAUCUUCCCCUGGCCAAGCACGUUGUGGCAACUUGCCUGGUUCAGGAUCACUGUCACUAAACCAGCCUGGACAAAAUACCAUUGACCUGAAGGCACUGACAGCAGCCCCGAUUUCACUGGAGGCACAAUCGUCACUUUUACACUCUCCCCUGUUCCAACCACAGGUUAUCCUGUUCAGACUAACUGCUGACCAGAAUGCCCGAUCAUCGGUACCCAACACAUGGAGCUUACAGAGGAACAGUUUGAGUGGAGGUAGGGACCAUUGUCAGCUCAGUGAGGGAGAUAAUUGCACAGGACAUAACUCCAAGCAAAAUCCACACACCUUACCAUGGUUCCUCCGUAAAAGACCUCAGCGAGCUCCUAGUGAUCGGAUGCCCCUGUACAACAGCUCCAGUGGAAGUUUGUUUUCCAGUGAGGAGUCAUCUCAAUCUGACAAUAGUGACUCUGAAUAUCUCCCCUACUACAGUCAGGUAAAACGCCCAAGCAGAUGGAAUAGAUACCAGAAAAGAAACUCAGUCAGGCAAAUAAUUGGGGCUACAUAAACAGGUCAUUAUAAUAAGUCUUUUGAAACCAAUAAAGGGGAGGGAGUUGUGCCAUAGUUGUACAAAGCUUCCUGUGCACUGCACCUCAGUACAAUAUACUGGCCUUGGAAGGUGUGCAGCAAACAUUCACGAUACUAAGUCUCUAUAAAUUAGAUAAUGAGGAGAUAUUAUGUAAACUAGUUAUUUUUACCUAGAAUGGAAAGUGUUAAGAAUGUUUUUACUUGGGUAUUUAAUUAAUAGUGUAGUUAAAUAAACUUCUGUGCUGAUGAGGGAGCCUAGGACGAAGGAAUAUAUCCCUGAAGUCAAUGUUCACUCAUCAGGAAUGGAGUUAAUGAACAUUCCGGCACAAGGUGGGGAAAUGCGAAAGUUGCUGUUUCAAAGCAGUUGAUACUAGCUCAGUUAAUAAUUUUAAAUCAAUUUAUUUUGGUUGUCGGGGGCAAUAAGGAAUGUGGAGCAUGAUGCAGGAGGAUUGCAGUUAGGAUACAGAUCAGCUGUGACCACACUGAAUUAGUGCAGUGGGCUCAGCAGAUUUAAUUGGGUUUCUCUUGUUCAUGUAAGCCCCUGAAGAAUGAAGAAACCAAUUUCUGUGCUUUAUUUCUCUCCAGCUGGUCACUGGGCUAAGCAGAAAGAAGCUGCAGCCCCAAUGCAGGCAGCACAUUGAGAGGGUUGCAGUUUAUAUUGACUGUAAAACAUGUAUAAAUUACAACUGCUAGUGUACUGGCAUUUCAAUUAAAAUCAGUGAAUCUUUCAACCCAUUGUCUGGGCCAACUCUGAAACAGCUACUUAGUUAGUCUCACUCCCCCUGCUCUUCACCAAAUACCUGCAAAGUUUUCCCUUCAAGUAUUUACCCAGUCCUUCCAAUUCGCUAAAAUUUAAUGUAAAUGUUAACGAUUACAACACUUGCAUAGAAAGCUGAUGUUGAAUAAGUUGACAGUCAUGUGAAGAGAUGAAUGAGGAGGGGUAGGCUGCUCCACCAUUUCAUAAGAUUGCAAAUGAUCUAAUUACUCUAAAGUUUCAUCUAUCCCCGAUUAAACUUUCACCACUUUGCUUAUCAAGAAUCUAUCUCCUGUUGUCUUAAAAAUAUUCAAGAACUCUAUUUCUGCCAUCUUUUGGAAUUCACUUCCUCAAAGACUCAUGACCCUCUGAGAAAGUUGCUGUUCAUCUUGGUCCUAAAUGGUAAUCCCUUAUUUUUAAACAGUCAUCCCUAUUUCUAGAUUCUCUCGAAAGAGGAAAUAUUCUUUUCACAUGCCGCUGUCAAGAUACCUCAGUCUAAUGGUUAGCUUUCAGAAAAUGAGGGCGGCUCAGUUUCUUCUGAUUAGAGGGAAGGGUGGGUGCAGUAUUGAUCAUAAUUUAUUUAUUGAAUUUCUGGAGUUUUUGCUAUAGGAAAGUGGUGCCAUUUUAUUUAUGGGUGUAAAGAUAAGGGACAGUGUACAAUUAUUUAUUAAUGGAUCACAAGUCUAAUACUGAGGAAUUUAGUGAUUUUAUUCUGGAGAUUGAUAGUGGUCUUGAUAUUUGUUAUAAAACUGAACUACAGUUGAAAUGUCAACAUUUUGUAAUUGUUUUACUAAAUUAUUGCAUUAAAAAAUCU